AUAUAUAAUUAACUUAUUUUCAAGUGUAUUUCAAUUAAAUUUUUCUUCAACUAUACUUUCUCUAAAUUAUCUAGUGGUGUUACUAAGAGACGCGUCAUGAACCGCCGCGGUAGUACUAUUAUUUAGUACGCCAGUCUUUUUUUGGCAGCAUAGCGUAAUCAACAAGAAAAUGGGAGUUCACGGUCUCUGGGAACUUCUCUCCCCCGUGGGUCGCCGUGUCUCCGUCGAGACCCUCGCCGGCAAAACCCUAGCCAUCGACGCGAGCAUAUGGAUGGUACAGUUUAUCAAAGCGAUGCGUGACGAGAAAGGUGAAAUGGUUCGCAACGCUCAUUUGCUUGGAUUCUUCCGUCGCAUUUGCAAACUCUUAUUCCUAAGGACUAAGCCUGUUUUUGUCUUUGACGGUGGAACGCCUGCCCUGAAGCGCCGCACCGUCAUUGCUCGACGGAGACAGCGUGAUGUUUCCCAAGCUAAAGUCCGCAAGACUGCCGAGAAAUUGCUUCUUAAUCACUUAAAGGCAUUACGGUUGAAGGAACUGGCUGAUGAUAUUAAGAAGCAGAAACUGAAGCAAAAGAGUGGCACAAAGUCUCAGGAAAAAUCAAAUCAGAUGGACUUCGUUGGCAAUGAUUUAGGAAAAAGUCACAUGAAAGAGCUAGAUGAAAUGCCUGCAGUUAUGUCUGUGGCUAAGGAGGACGGAAAUCUAUCACAGGCUAAAAUUUCGACAAGGUGCAACCAAGAGGAGCUUGAUGAAAUGUUGGCAGCAUCUAUAGCUGCAGAGGAAAAUGAAUUACGAUCCAGAGGAGGAGGGACAUCUACUGUAAUUAAUUCUUCAGAUGCAGACGAAGAGACGAUACUGCCUACAGCCAAUGAUGAAGUUGAUUUAGCUGUUUUAGCUGCUUUGCCACACUCAAUGCAACUUGAUAUUCUUUCUCAGCUUAAAGGCAAGAAAACAGGACCACUGAAGCAAGUUGACAACCAGACAAGACAUGAAGUUAGUGAUUGUGGCAAGGGUAAAGGGAUUGUUUUCAAUGAAACUGACCAGGUUGGGUGUAGCUCAAGAUGUAACGUCAAUGCGACAUCCAGUAGUGACGACCAAAAAAGAAUUGAUGAAAUGUUAGCUGCUUGUAUUGAUAUGGAGGAAAAUGCAAAGCUGGUAAAUAAUGUAUCAAAUUCCCUUGGGGGUUCUACCAAUAAGGAAAAGGAUGGUAACUAUGACGAAGAUGAAGAGAUGAUACUGCCAGCUAUGCACAGUGAAGUUGAUCCAGCUGUUCUGGCCUCUCUGCCUCCAUCAAUGCAACUGGAUCUCCUUGUUCAGAUGAGAGAGCGAUUGAUGGCAGAGAAUAGACAAAAGUAUCAGAAAGUCAAGAAGGAUCCUUCAAAGUUCUCUGAGCUUCAAAUACAAUCUUACCUUAAAACUGUAGCUUUCCGUCGCGAGAUAAAUGAAGUUCAGAAAGCUGCUGUCGGAGGAGGAGUAGGCGGGAUACAGACUUCACGGAUUGCAUCUGAAGCAAACCGAGAGUAUAUAUUCUCGUCAUCCUUUUCCGGUGACAAACAAGGACUUACCUCCACCAGAUUAGAAAGAAAUGUUGAAGAUACACAGCAAAUGGAACGGGGAAGACAUCCUUCACAGAAUUUUAUAAAUAACAUAGCAGCAGAAAAUGUUUCUAAUAUUUCAGCUGGAUUGGUUUGCGGUGAACCUUGCGAGCCUGUUGAUGAAAGUAUUGAGACAUAUCUAGAUGAGAGGGGUCGAGUUCGAGUUAGUAGAUCAAGAGCUAUGGGGAUGCGCAUGACCCGUGAUAUACAAAGGAAUUUGGAUUUGAUGAAGGAGAUUCAGCAUGACAGAACACAUACAAGCAAGGUUGAUAACAUUGACACAGUGCCAAAUACAGAAAAUAGUCCAUCAAAAUGUUCUGGGAGUCAGCUUAGUGGUAAAACAAGAGAAGUGAAUAUUGACUUAGCUGGAGAUAAUGUGCAAAAUGAGGAAUUAAUGCUUGGUAAGAAUACUUCUAUAGAAAUAUCCUUCGAGUAUGAUUGCAAGGAUGAACUUGCAAGUGGCGGGGAUGAUAUAUUUGCAAGUUUAGUUGGAGGAAUAUCUAUGGAACACUCUCAUGCUGAUGAUACCGUGGUGAAAACACCUUGUGGUUCUGAUUCAGAUUGUGAUUGGGAAGAAGGAAUUCUUCAAGGCAAGAAUACCAUUUCUCCCGGAUAUAAUAAAGUGGAAUUGAAGUCUUCUGUUACAGGUGAGUAUGAUAAUAAUGAAAGUGAAGAAGAAUGGGAAGACGGGGAUUGUAAUGGUACUAAAAGUACCUUAUUUUGCCCAUCUGAGCCGGGAAUGUUGGCAUCAAAAGGGCAGUUGGAAGAAGAGUCUGAUUUGCAGGAAGCAAUUAGGAGAAGUCUUGAGAGUACAUGGGAUGGAAAACUUAAAUGCGUGCCAUCUUUAGAUGAACAUUCAAAUGCUUAUGAGAAGAAAUUGGAUCCUAAUUUAGAACAUGGUGAUAACAGUGAAGCUUUAGGAGACAAAAAUGCAAACUACAUGACUAGAAAUGACCCAGAAACUUUCCAUCAGUUAAAGUCAUCUGUGACAUUUAAAUCCAAAAACUCAGAUACAUUGAUUAACGAACCUAGCAAACUGGAUGGACUCGAUAAUUCUGAAAAUUCAAUUUCAGAUGGAAAUGACAUGAUGAUGGAUGAGGUUCCAAAUCUUAUUGUUGCAGAGGAAUUAUUGGAUAAUCAUAAUGAUGGUGGCAUGUCCAAGGUUGAUCCACUUGGUGUGACUGAAGAGGAGAAAAAGAAAAGUAAUGAUGAUUCUGAAGCAUUGAGUAAUUCUUCUGACAAUACAAAGGCUGCUAUUCUUUCGAUGGAGCCAUCCGUGAAGGGAGCUAAAGAAGAUCUUGAUCUGGAGUUAAAAUUGCCUUCAGUGAACAAUGAUGGAAAUUUGUGUAUGGAAAGGACUAGUAACCUCUCCCAAGAAUCAAUGAUUACCCCAGGAGAUUUUCCUGUACUAUUGGAUGAGGUUCAAUUGAAUGAAGAAAUGGAAAUUCUUGAUAGGGAAUAUAUGAACCUAGAAAAGGAGCAGAAGAAGUUUGAGCGUAAUGCAGAGUCCGUUGACAGCGAAUUAUUCACUGAAUGCCAGGAACUACUGCAAAUGUUUGGCUUGCCAUAUAUCAUUGCCCCUAUGGAAGCUGAGGCACAGUGUGCUUACUUAGAACUAUCAAAACUGGUUGAUGGGGUUGUGACUGACGACUCUGAUGUCCUUUUAUUUGGGGCACGCAGUGUUUACAAGAAUAUAUUUGAUGACCGCAAAUACGUAGAGACAUACUUCAUGGAGGACAUUGAAAAGGAGCUUGGAUUGACCAGAGAAAAAUUAAUUCGCAUGGCACUACUUCUUGGGAGUGACUAUACUGAAGGUGUCAGUGGGAUUGGUAUUGUUAAUGCUAUUGAAGUUGUAACUGCAUUCCCGGAGGAAGAUGGGUUCCAGAAAUUCCGGCAGUGGGUAGAGUCACCAGACCCCACCAUCCUUGGAAGGUCGGAUACAAAAUCUGUAUCUAAGAAAGGGUCAAAACUUGAAGAAAAGGAGUCGCCUGAUUACAUCCAAGAAAGAAAGCAAAUUUUCAUGGAUAAGCAUAGAAAUGUUAGCAAGAACUGGCAUAUUCCUUCUUCUUUUCCAAGUGAAACAGUUAUAUCUGCUUAUUUAUCUCCAGAAGUUGACAGGUCAACUGAGCCUUUCGCAUGGGGAAAGCCAGAUCAGCUCGUUCUUCGCAAAAUGUGCUGGGAGAAAUUUGGGUGGUCUAGCCAGAAAGCAGAUGAAUUGCUGUUACCUGUUUUAAAGCAGUACAACAAACAUGCGACUCAACUGCGGUUGGAGGCGUUUUACAGUUUCAAUGAAAAAUUUGCAAAAAUUCGUAGCAAGAGAAUCAAUAAAGCUCUAAAGGGAAUAACUGGUAAGCCACCUUCAGAGGGAGCAGAGGAAGAGGAAGGUCUUGCAGGUAGGAAGAAAUCAAAAAGAAAAGAGUCAAUGGAAAGAAAAAAUGACAGGGAUGUUGUUGCUAAGCAACAUACAAAGAAAAAGAAAAUCAAUGAUGUUUCUACUUCUACACAUGGUGCAUCUGAGGUUGAAAAGUUACAGCCAUGUAUGCAAACAGAAGAAGAGCCUCGGAAUAAAAGUGGAAGUGGGCGAGGAAGAGGUAAAGGUGUGAGAGUAAAAAGAAGCAGAGAGAAGAAAGGUCGUUGUUUUCAAUCUGAAGCUGAAACAUCAUCAAGUAGUAGUGAUAUUGAGAAUCAUGAGCCGGGAGUACAUAUUGAUGGGCCAACAGUUACAGAAGCUGUGCGAAGGUCAAAGCGAUCUCGGAAACCUGUCAACUAUUCCUUCGAGGACCUUGAAGUUGAAGAUGCAGUUGAUUCAUUUGAUCAGAAUAAUCAGACUUGCUUGCGCGGAGAGGGACUACAAGAAAAAUCAUCUUGCAUUGAUGAUGCGAGUGUAGAUAGUUUCAGCAGAGGGAUUGAAAGCAAUAUGAUAGAAAUUCCUGUGAAGGAUAACUUACCCGCAAACUAUCUGGAGCCUGACACAGAUGCUGGUGCAGCAACACCAAAUACUCGCCCUUUAGAUGACUAUCUUGAAAUGGGAGGUGGAUUCUGUGCAGAUGAUAGUGAGAUGGAUAAGAACCAUGAUGCAAUUGAUGACAUGAACACGGCUACAACAAUCUCUCCAGGCUGUUCUGAAUUUUUGGGUGAAACUGACCGUGAUAAAAGUAGUUCAGAUAUAUUGUUUUCUGGUACUGAAAAGGUUACAAGCGAGAUACAAGAUGGAGAAACAUGUCACAAGUUAGACACAGUGCCAAAUGACCACCUAAAUGCUGGCAUAAGAGUGUUGACACCAGAGAAUGCUCAUCACAAUAGUGAGAGCUCUGAGGUAGCUUUUAGCGCUAUGCCUUUUUUGAGGAAAAAAAGAAAGAGAUGAAUCUUCCCAACUCUGAAUGAUGCCUCAAUUGUGUUUCUUAGUAAAUCACAUUAUCACAUUAGAUAUUUAUCAAUUUUGUAUAUCAAAUGUUGAGUAUUUAAUUUAUAAUGCUAUUUAUAACAUCAAACACACCAAUGAUGCUUAGAGUAGAAAUCCAUUUUAUUCUCACAAAAAAUGAAGUCCAAGUUUUGAAAAAAAAUUAAACUUUUAGUCCAA